AUUCAAUCUAGUUUUGUCCAACAACAGCAAAAAAAAAUCGUAAUUGACGCGGACAAGCUCGCGCGAGAGAGUGACGACACCACUAAAUCGAGUUAUUUUCACUGUUAUUUUUAAUUAAAAACCAACCGCACUUCAACAAGUGUGGCACACUCGGGGGUGAGCAAAACGGACGAAUUCAGCCCUGUCUAAACACGACCCUCUAAAACUUCGCCAUUCAUCCGCUUUUAUUGUUAAUUAAAAAAUAAAUGAAAUUUUUCUUGGAAAUUAAUUUUAUAUUAUUUAAAUAAGAAAAUAUUUUAAUUUUAAUUAUAAUUAUAUGCUGGCAGUUUUUGAAUGAUUGCUUGAAAAAUUUUUGGUAAAGAAAUAAUAGAGAUUGGUCUUUUUUAUUACCAUCAAGGUCGUCGGCGCCUUGUUGGCCCUCUGUGAAUUUUAUUUUAAGGUCGUGACUAUAUUUACAUAAAAGUAAAACGUAAAACGAUAGGAAGGUAUCAUUAUCAAUUAUUUUUCCAUUCAUAUUACGCUGGGAUAAAAUGGGUACUCUUCAGGCAUUUAUUUAAGCAUUUAAAAUAAAUAAUAUUCAGUUUUAGUUUAAAAAAAAUUUAAUAAAAGUUUCACCCUUAAAGUGUAAUUUUGCUCUCGCGUGCUUUGCCGCUUUUGAACGGCGGCGUUUGGUCCCGCGAGCAGCCCCUCCCCGCAGCUGAGUUGUUAUCAGUCGAUAAAGUGGAGCGGUGCUGCACUCUGCAGCUGCACUUCAAGGCUCGUCGCUUUACUGUACAUAAUUUUAGAGAAACACACACACACACACAGGGAAACUUUAAAGUGACGUUUCACUCGCCUCUCGUGACUGACAAGAGCGAAAUGAGCUGAUUCUCGGAGCCGAGAAGAUCUCUCGUCCCUCGAUUGACCGAUGGUAUAUUUCUAAUUGGGGUGACUGGUGACGGGGGUGGCAGCCACCCCUCUGUGACGUCAACCUGAGAGGUGAAAGGUCGCGGCGCCCAAUUAAGAUGAACGCCCGCUGGCGGCAGGUGCUGCUGCUGGUGCUUUACUUCUUGGUGCUCAUGUUGGUGGCCAGGAUCAUCGACCUGCUCAUCUGGCACCUGCAGGGUCUGGCGCCCAACCAGGAAGUCGACCCGCGGCUCGUCCUCGGCGUCCGACAGCUCAAGGCCCUCCUGGACACCAGGGGGGUCGGCUACGCAGGCUGCGUCGAGAAACACGAACUCGCCGAACUCGUCUACAACUCUGGCCAAGUUGUGCACUCUGAGAUUGCUGUUUUGGAAACAUCGGAGAACGAGGUGAAGGCCCGAAUUGCAGCACCCGCCUCUCACUUCACUGGUGGGGCCCAUUUCUACGAAGAAGUCGAGGACACCAAAGACUCUGUAUGGCUUGUUCAGGUGGCACCUGAAGGGGCAGAGCCGCCUUUAGACGACUACAGCUGGCGGCUCGUCUGCGCCCACCUGGCCCCUUUUGCAAUCAGGACAGGUGUUUUCGACUGCAAGCUGGAUCGGAGAAGGUUGUGCACUGGGAAAGGGUGGCACGAACCGCUGCUCCUGUUAGCCCUGCCGAGGGGCACUCGAGCCAAGGACAAAGUGUUGAUGCAGAUUUUCAAGUCGACCAAGCCGCAGUCAAUUAUUGCGUGGGUGCGACAACAGUUGUCCGACAGGGUCGAGCGGCUCCAGAAUGUGUCAGAGGCGGCCAGCUGGGCCGAGGCGGCGGCUAAACCUGAGGCCGAUGGCCAGGUGCGCCUCCUGCUCAUCACCAAACUCUCCAGUCCACCUCUUUUCUUGGCCGCCCUCAGUGUCAAGUUUGCUGGACGAGUCCGCUUCGGAAUGCUACAAGUGAAGAAUAAAGAGGAGGAAGACGAGGCAAAGAGCAGUCUAGGGGCGAAGGACCGCACCACAUAUUUAGUGUCGACCCCGCAAGGGUCGUACAUGUACGGCUACGGCCGAGAGGAGCACCUCGACUUCAAGACCAUGCACAACUUCCUCAGGGCGGUGCAACCUGAGGCCAAUGACGCCCUUCUGGUGUCCCUGGCCCUGUGCCAGUUGCUGGCGGUGCUGCGCGCCGCCACCAAGCGCUCCCUCCUUGGCUGUCUGCUCACCAUCCUGGCGCACAACCUGGCCCUCCUCGCCGCCUGGCUUGCCAUCCUCACCCUCAGCAGGGCGCCGUUUCUGGCCACUCCAUGCACAGAGGCCUUUUCGUAUGCGAGCCGCUGGACGGCCCUUUCGAAACCAGGUCUCUGGCUCAGGGCCGACCUGAACCUGCUGGCGCGCUACCCAAAGGUGCUGCUCUGCACGCUGCUCCUCUUUCUGCUCUGCGUGCGCCACUGCUUUCUUGAAGAGCCCUCCGAGGGCACCAACUUCGGCUGGAGGCUGCUCAGUCAACUGCUGCCCAAUCCUACCUCAACCCUCACCAGCUUACGUCCUGAUUCCGAAGACGAGCGGAUGCCGAACCCCGAGGAGCUGUUGGUGCAGCGUCUGGCGGUUCCUGGCCUUUGGCUGACCCCGCUGGUCAGCGCCGACUACCUUCGGACCCUGGCCAGGUGGCGUCACAGGAUGGACGUCAAGCGAGACCCAAUGUCGCGCGCCCUGAUCGAGGACAUGAUGCGUCCUGGCAAGGAGGCCGAGUCCGAGGAGGACUCUGGUCCUCCGAAGGGCGCCCUCAGGGCGGCCGAGUGCGCCAUCUGCCUCGAGUCCUACGUGAAAGGGUCACUGUUGUGCGGGUUGCCCUGCGGCCACGCCUUCCACGAGGCGUGCAUCAUGGCCUGGCUGCUCAGGGACCACCACAGCUGCCCCUCCUGCCGGUGGCCGGCCUACAAACGCAAGAAGCACCACUGAUCAGCACACAGACUCUCUCAGUCACAGUCACACUGCCUUGAUCGGUAUUUUUUUUCUUGCUGGUUCCGCCGAGUGUGAUAUUUGUCCGAAGUGAAUUCCUCGAAGAUCUCGCCAACUUGAGUUGUUGAAACGCAGCCAAUGAUUUAUUAAUUGUAAUAAUAAUUAAAACACUGGAGGCAAGGUGUGUUCCCUAAUUAUAAUUUCAAGCUUUAAUUAAAAUUAUUAUUAAUCUUAAUGUUUUCGGUGCUCAUCGAAGGUGCUCAAAACUUAUUCACCCAGUUUUUAGUACGUAUGCGCUCAAAUAUAGUCUGGGCCUUUCCUCCAGUUCCACUGUGCUAGAAACUAUACACUCAAGUUAUAAUGAUUGGCAAUUUUUCUAUUAUUUUUUCUCACAAAGUCAUAUUUAAAAUUGCAUGCUAAAAGCAUCUGAGUGACAAUUGUUGAAACAGAACCAAAUUUAAAAAGUGUUUAACUUGAUAUAAAAUCAAAAUGUGUCUCUUUCACAUAAUCAUAGAAUUAAAAGUUGGCAAAUCCAAGUGAUUUGUUAGUUUUCUGUGAAUUAAUAAGUACUGAAAAUUUUGAAGCAAUGAACAAAAUUUGUUGAUGAAUAAAAAGUUGUGCGUAUGAUAUGAUGAUUUGCACCGAGGAAGAAAAAAGCGAGUGCCUCUCAUAGUAAGCACCGCGCCUUGUUCUGUUCAAAUGUGCUAGGCUAGUUUUAUCAGUUUAGAGGCUUUGCGUAGCAAAAAGAGUUACGAGCACAAAUGAGAGUGCGUCAUUUUUUUCCCUAUUAUUUGUGACGUUUGACACGUCGAUGCCAUUUUUAGAUAACAAAAUAAAGACAAUAGUCAAAUGAUAAUAAAAAAAUUAUCAUUCUCGGA